AUGCCGGCCGGGGAGGUACGGGUGGACGACCACAAAGUGGUGCCCCCAUCGCGGGCGGACAUGAAGUCGCCGGUGGAGGCACUCAUACAUCACUUCAAGUUCUUUACGGAGGGCUAUGGCGUACCCGCGGGCGCCACCUAUACGGCGGUGGAGGCGCCGAAGGGUGAGUUCGGGCUGUAUAUGGUUAGCGACGGCAGUUCCCGGCCCUACCGGUGCAAGAUUAAGGCCCCG